UCCCUCGUCACGGACGAAUCACGAUUCACGAUGCACCCCAGUCUGGCUUUGUCGAACCUCAACAAGCUGCCCUUUCGCCAUAAGAAACUUGCCACUGAGGCGGUGGAAGGGAAUCUGCAAAAGCUUGACGCUCUCCUCGAGGCACUGAAGACGCUUCCGCAAAAGCAGCAUGCCUUCGUGACGCCCGUUCUUUACGCACUCCUCGAACCGGAUUCGGCCAUCAUUCAAGAGCUUCUUGAGCAGGGUGUCGCUGGCGCCGAAAGACUCGCUCGCCGUCUCACGCAGCUCCAGACAACGUUCAGUCUGGCGCCCACCGUGCUCCUGAGCUCUCCGAUACCGGAAGACGCCGCGACGGCCGUUUGGGAGCGCAUUUGGUUCUGGGCCCAGUUUCUGGACCAGCUCUACGAGCAGCUGCCCCUUAUGCCGCGGGAGGAAGUCUACAUCUCCUUCAUACUCGCAUCGCUCCCUUUGACGUCGCACGUGGAUAAAUCCCGUGCCGCAUUCCCGCUGCAGACGCCUGGGGUGCGCGCCAUGCUGGCCAGAGCCUGGGUAACGCUGUUUCGCGACAAAUCCCUGCGUUCACUGCAAAUGAUUUCCUUUGGGUUGAACUAUUUGACCCAGGAUGCCUAUGAAGACGACGAAGAAACCUGUUUGUGGGAGCUCAGCGACCAGCUUGGCGGGCUUGAUGCUCUCGCAGACCUCAUCAUCGAACAUCUUGCGCAUCUUUUCCCAGCCCCAGCUCCUGCGACACCGCAGACAGUGAAGCUCGCAGACGGCCUGGUCUACUUUCUGCACAGGAUCUGGCACAGUACAAGCUUCAUCUCUAUGCUUCCGGAUGCGGGCAUCUGUUCGCUUUUGGUUACUGUCUGCCGUGCUCUCAGUGCAGACCAGUCGUCGCUUGCCCAAAACCUGUACGAACUCGUGCAUGAGCUUUUGAUUGACGGUCUGUGCUCUCAUGCAUUCACCGAGAAGGGUGCGCGUAGCAUUGCGGACUCCCUUUCUGCUGGGCUCCUAUCUCUUCUUACUCCCCCUACACCCUAUAAGACUCGGAAAGAACUACUCCUCGUUUUUGAUCGCGUUCUUCCAGGGAAAACUGUUUUUCCUUCCGUUCUUGUGUCCCUAUCUCCCGUCCUGCCGACUCUUGAGCCCCCUUCCGACAUUAUCAUCGGCGGCGCCUUUCUCAAAGUAUGGAAUCAUUUCGUCGAAUUGGUGGAGCGGCGCUCGGCCUUUUUCGUUCAUUCUUGUCGCAACACAAUCGCCCCGCUGCGAGCGUGUCAUAAUCUCAAGUGCAAUCAAAUACGCAAAAAGACUGAAUUCAAGCAGUGCACCGGCUGUUUAGUCGCAUAUUACUGCUCAAAAGCAUGCCAGAGAGAAGACUAUCGCACCGGAGCACAUCGCCACGAAUGUCCCAAACUAAACGAAGCAAGAAAAGGUGCAUUUUACCAGCCUGUUGAUUGCGACGGGACGGACAAUCAUACAGGUGAACGGCUCUCCUUGAAGAAAGAAGACGACAAGUUCUUCCGUGCAUUGCUAGCCGCCGAAUACGCGCGCAGGAAGGUUGAAAUCGGCGUCAAGAUCGUGAAAUUCUGGACUGAGAACCCUGACGAGGUGCCCUGUCUCGAGUUUGAUUUCUCAGCCGGCGCUGUUACGGUCAACGUUUAUUCUGCCCCCUACAUGAAUUCCGUGACUCACAUGGGGGAAAUCAAACGUGGAUAUAGGUGGCCUCCUGAUGGCUUCUCAGAGGCGGUAGCGAGAUCGGCAGCGUCCCAAGGGCGGGUCUGGGUCCAUCUUUUCGCCGUGGAGGUGGGAGACGGUGGGGCAUCGAACGUGCGGCUGUUGCUGAAGCCGCUGCAUACCGAGAAUGCUGCCCUGUGGAAUGGUCUGAAGAUUAUCGCAGCACGUUGGCGAUGCGAUAACAGCAUCAAUAUUGCCGACGAGCCGCAACGCGAAGACGUCGAGCGGCUAGUCAAAGUGUGUGAGGGCAUCGCAGAGACCCAUUCAUGA